GGAGCGGGGCAGGGCUCGCCUCGCCUCCUUCCUGGCCCGCGCUAGGACUCGUCAGCCCUGGAGCUCCCCGGCUGUCGGGGGGCGUUUUCGCCGCGGAGUGCCCGGGAGCGGAGCUGCGGAAGGGGCCCGGGAGCAGGCUUGGCCAGGAGUAACAAUACCAUGAAUCCUCUUCUGGGAAGUUUUCAACACGACGGGAAUUUGUCUGAGGGGAAUAGCUGACCUUCUGCUCGGCCCCCCAGACUUUUGGUUGGCAUUAUGGCUUCUGGUUGGGCAUACAACUUCAACGUAAAAGAUAAAAUGCCUACGCUGAACAGCAGCACAGGUCUGAGGAGUGACUCUCAUGUGCAAGAGCUGUUCCAUGAGGAAGCACAACAGGUAUCUCAAACACAGACCAAACCCUGGUGGAAGAUACAGCUCUUCGUCUGGGAGCCAGUGCUCUUUGGGACCUGGGAUGGCGUCUUUACUUCUUGCAUGAUCAACAUUUUUGGAGUGGUUCUUUUUCUGAGGACCGGAUGGCUAGUGGGAAACACCGGCAUUUUAAUGGGCAUGUUUCUGGUGUCCUUUGUUGUCGUGGUUGCCCUAGUAACUGUCUUGUCUGGAAUUGGCGUUUGUGAGCGGUGCAGCGUUGGAAGUGGAGGAGUCUAUUCCAUGAUUUCUACUGUCCUCGGGGGUCAAGUUGGAGGGACCAUUGGCCUUCUUUACAUUUUUGGUCAGUGUGUUGCAGGUGCUAUGUACAUCACCGGGUUUGCGGAAUCCAUCUCCGACCUACUGGGUUUCAGUAGCACUUGGGCAGUUAGAGGCAUUUCACUUGCAGUCCUGCUCUGUCUGCUUGGAAUUAACCUGGCUGGGGUUAAAUGGAUAAUUCGGCUGCAGUUGUUACUGCUCUUCUUGCUGGCUGUUUCUACGCUGGACUUUGUCAUUGGAUCAUUCACGCACCUAGAUCCAGAACAUGGCUUUGUUGGGUAUUCAGCAGAACUUCUGCUUAACAACACACUACCAGACUACAGUACGGGGGAGUCCUUCUUCACCGUUUUCGGAGUGUUCUUCCCAGCCGCGACAGGUGUGAUGGCUGGGUUUAAUAUGAGUGGAGAUCUCCGGAAGCCUGUGGCCAGCAUCCCACUUGGGUCUCUGGCAGCUAUCUGCAUUUCGUGGUUUCUAUAUAUCAUCUUUGUUUUCUUGCUGGGAGCCAUUUGUACCCGGGAAUCGCUCCGCUAUGACUUUAUGAUAGCAGAAAAGGUGUCCUUGGUGGGUUUCUUGUUUUUAUUAGGAUUGUACAUUUCGUCCUUAGCUUCCUGCAUGGGAGGUUUGUAUGGAGCACCCCGAAUUCUUCAGUGCAUUGCCCAGGAAAAAGUGAUACCUACCCUGGCGUUUCUUGGACAUGGGAAAGGGCGUAACAAGACCCCAGUGGCUGCCAUUUGCUUAACAAGUCUCAUCACCAUGGCUUUCGUCUUCGUUGGCCAAGUAAACAUUCUCGCUCCUAUAGUCACCAUAAACUUCAUGCUGACAUACAUUGCUGUGGACUACUCUUAUUUCUCAGUCUCUAUGAGUUAUCUCCAGCAGCAGAAACCCAAAAGGACACAGAGGGAGGUGUCUAGGACUGUCAACUCUUCCCAGCCUUUAACCUUUGAGAAAACUUCCCGCUACGGAUCAGAUGGAAUAAUGCAAAGCAGAUCAGAUGGUACGUUGCUAGAAUUCACAAAAGACAUGGACCAGCUUUUUAAACCUCUUAAUAAAGAUCUGGGGACUUAUCAAGAGAAAGAAGAGCGAGACAAGAAUUUAAAUCAAAAGGUCAAACAGAGAAAGGUAAAGAAGCCAGCCAAGCAAACCUUACAAGAUAGCUUUCUCUUGGAUCUUGAUCAUAAUACCACACCUGCUCCUUACUGUUGCACCAAAACAUCAGACCCUCAUGAUGAAAGUCUGCAGAGUUUUGCUGAUCAGAGUCACGAGCAUGAAAGAAAUCUAUAUGUAUCAUCAGCUGUGGACACUGAGCAGAAACGUGACCAUGAGCUAAUGGAAUAUGGAGAACAACUUUUUAAUGAGCUGCAAAAUCCCUCCAAUCAGAAAACGGAAGAUACAAAUGUAAAGCAACAAAAUCAAGAACUAGAAAUUCAGAGAAUGCCGGUUUCCUUCUAUUCCAGACUGUGCAAUCACUGGGUUUCCCUUGCUGGUGCAAUUGGAUCGCUUGCAAUCAUGUUUGUCAUUCAGUGGAUCUACACUCUCAUUAAUUUGAGUGUAGCAAUUAUUCUGUAUUUCUACAUUGGCCAAAUGAGUCCUGGACUACCCCCCGGGAUAGCAGCUAACUUCAGUUUUCUCAGCUGGAUUAAGUUAGGUUUGGUCAGCUCAUGCAGGAGAAGGCCAUCCCCAGAGGAGCAGUUUGUUGUUACACCGUCCUUUGCAACAGUUGGCAUGGAGACCACUCAGCUCACGGAAGAGAAUGCAGAUUUUGCCUCUCGAGACCGCUACCACCAUUCCUCUGUGAUCAGAAGAGAAGAGUUUGUCAAUCAAUUUCAGUAAAAGAAAACAAACAAACAAAAACAAACAGGCUGUUCACUCCAAAAGUCUCUUAUUAAAACACUAAGUGCUGUUGUGGCACCUGGUAAAAUAUUUGAACAAUAUGAAUAUAUUUUUCAAUGCUUCCACUGUUGUCUGUGUGUGUGUGUGAGUGUGUGUGUGCACGCGCGCACGCGCAAAGGACAAAGUUUGUAAUUGUCACUUGGAUUCCAGAUGCAACCCAGCUGAGAGAAACAAAUUAAAGGACUAUAGUAAAGUCAUCAGUAACUGAGGCCAAUAGCAUCGGAAGUCUGAAGAAUUCAAAUACUCCACAUGCUAAAUAUUACAAAAACUAAAAAUGCCAUUUGAAACUUCCAUGGACUGAAUAAGAAGGCAAUGUGACGUUUCGGUUAGAGCAGCAAACUGAGAAUUAGAACUCCUGGAUUCUGUUCUUAGCCCCAUCGCUGAUUUGGUGCAAACUUAGUUGAGUUGCUUUACCUCUUUACGCCCCAGUUUUCCUGCCUGUAAAAUAAUAGUUUUCUACCUCACUGAGGUGAUGUGAGUUUUAAUGAAUUGGGGCUCAAAAACUGCAUUGAGACACUUAGAUGAAAGGCCUAAAUAGGGAAAUCAAGAGGAUUAUGAAGUACAUUAAAAUUGAAAUGAAAUCUGUUCAUUUAAAUGUAUAAACUCAUCUCCACCAUGAGGACCUCUUCUGUAUCAUCAUACCGUGAAAUUGUAACUUGUUGGUGCUAAAUAGCUAGUGCAGCCUCACUUCUAAAAUGCAGGUUGUGGGAGGCAGAAUUUUUAAACUCAGGUGAUAAUUUGAGGAUCCUCUUCCUGAAGGUAUAAAGUGUACCCAAAUAGGAUAUGUCCUCUUUACAAUAACCAUUCAUAUAAAUUAUUAAAAAGUGCUUGUUAGGAUAUACUGUAAAACUUGUGUUAUCGGGCACACUCAAGGAUUAUGGCAUUCCAGUUAUCUAUAAAAUUCCUGUUAUCUGAGUGUCCUAUCAACCUAGGAAAAACCAAUGGACAAUAAUAGUAAAACUCAGGUUUUUAAUAUUGGUAGUUUUGUAGUUUGAGGCAGUUGGUCUCACAUUUCUAUUUUGAGUUAAAGAUGAUUAGUACUUCUUAAAUAAAAAAUUGUUAAGCCAAUCAUGUAAACCAAGCCAGGCCUGUGCGCCUGAAGAUGUGACAGUAUUGUGGCUGGGGGCAAUGCCAGUUAACAAAGUUUUCUGGUUAACAGAGUGCUAGAUAACAAAGGUUUCACUGUACAUGGCUGCGCCCUUACUCCACUCAGAAGAAGAAAGGCAUCACCUCUACUCAGUCCUCCAGAUAGGAAGCAAUGCUGAGGGCUGAAUGAAUGAGCAGGCCUCAGGAGUAUGUGGUAAAAUAGUAGCGAGCAUGGCAAAAUAAGCUGUUUGGUCAUUUAAAAUGUGUAAGAAAGGAGGUUAGAGAUCAUUUCCUUUAAGCUUAAGACAGUUUUUGUAUUUCUUGUUCAGUGAGAUGAUAACCAGAUGUUCCUAUUCUCACCAUCUGCUACAGAAAACACUCUGCGAAUUCCUCCUGAUUUUGGGACCCAUGCUACUACCAGGUGCUGAAGGCCUUUGACUCCCCUGAAUUCAAUGGGAGCUGAAGGUAUUCAGCAGCACCUCACAGGGUCAGCCCAUUUGAGUGCUGUUCCUAUCAUGUGUUAUUUUCAUGCAGGUGGAAGGAAAUGAGCUUUACCAAUGAAAUUAUGAAUAAACCUACUUUGGGAUGCU